ACAAAUUGAGAAACCUCGGCACCUCCUCCCCGCUAUCGCGUUUUGCGAAGCGCUGGCCGAUGUGUCGUAGUUGUGCGUUCGGCUGUGUCGCCGCUGUCCACAAGUAUUCGCUCCGCCUGGGUGCGAAACGAUCGUUCGGUGUUUUGUCAUCGUCGUCUUGCAGCUGACAUUGUUGGCAACUACCGCGAGGUGAGAGGUGCUGCUCCACGGCCGUUUUCACUCGCCGUCAUGUCUGCCGGCCUUAGUGGAGGUGACGAGAUGUCGAGCAGCUACUCCAAGCGCGUGGACGAGCUGCGGCGGUCCUUCAAGCUCGGCAAAACACGGCCUACCAGCUAUCGCGUCGAGCAACUCAAGGCCAUGGACCGAUUUCUCGCCGACUACCACGACCGUUUUGUAGACGCCCUCAAGGAAGACCUGAACAAGAACAAGUUCGAGAGCAUUCUCUUCGAGAUCCAGUACACCCGCAACGAAAUAAAGGGUACGAUCAUGGAGUUAGACAAGUGGGUCAAGCCGGAAAAGGCACCCAAGAAUAUCAUGCUGCUCAUGGACCAGGCAUUGAUCCACAGCGAGCCGUAUGGAGUGGCCCUUGUGAUAGCUGCCUGGAACUACCCGCUGCAGCUGACGCUGUGCCCCCUCAUUGGGGCCAUUGCAGCUGGCAACUGUGCCGUGAUUAAGCCGUCCGAACAGGCUCCGGCCACGGCCAGGCUUCUCCAGGAAAUGGUGCCCAAGUACCUGGACCCCGAGUGCUUUGCUGUCAUUGUUGGGGGCCCCAAGGAGUCUGCCGAACUUCUGACCGAGAAGUUCGACUACAUCUUCUACACGGGCUCCACUCAGGUGGGCAAGCUCAUCUAUGCUGCUGCCCAGAAGCACCUCACGCCAGUCACCCUUGAACUGGGCGGCAAAAGCCCCGUAUAUGUCGACGCGGCAGUGGACCUGGAGGUGGCCUGCCGCCGCCUCAUGUGGGGCAAGUACGUCAAUGCGGGCCAGACGUGCAUAGCGCCCGACUACGUACUCUGCCACACGGCCGUGUACGCGCAGUUUGUGGACACGUGCAAGAAGGUCAUCACAGAGUUCUACACGGAGCACCCCAAGGACAGUGCCGACCUGGGUCGCAUUGUCAACACCAACCACUGUCGAAGGAUAGCCAAGCUUCUUGAGGGACUGCCCAUUGCAUUUGGCGGGGACGUGGACGUGGACAGCAAGUACGUGGCACCCACCCUGGUCACCGAGGUCAAAGUCACCGACCCUGUCAUGCAAGAGGAGAUCUUUGGUCCAGUGCUGCCCAUCCUGAGGGUGAACAGUGCAGACGAAGCAAUUGAGUUCAUCAAUGAGAGGGAGAAGCCGCUGACGCUGUAUGUGUUCUCAUCACGGCAGAAGGUCAUUGACCGUUUCAUGUAUGAAACCACAAGUGGCAGCAUUUGUGCCAAUGACACCCUGGUUCACCUGUCUGUGGACACGCUGCCCUUUGGUGGAGUGGGCCAGAGUGGCAUGGGUCGUUACCAUGGCAAGUACUCCUUCGACACCUUCUCCAACAAGAAGGCCGUGCUGGUGCGGUCGUUUAACCCCAUCGGAGAGGCGUUUGGCCGAAAGCGGUAUCCACCGCUGGACGACUUCAAGAUUGCCUACUUCCGGCAGCUGCUGCUGAAGCGAGGAUCCCCCCUGGGCACAGGACUGCUCGGCUGCGCCCCCUACCUGUGCGUGUUUGUGCUGGGCAUCGCCUCGGCCUUCCUGCUCCGAUAUCUGUUCCACGAUGGCAGCAAGCUGCCGCAGAGGCACGACUGACCCCCGAGUGCACUUUGAGCACAACCAGUGUAUGCAAGAUGCUGGGCACUGAAAUUUGAAGGCAGUGUCAAAGGAACAAAGCACCAAUGGCACAUUCCUGCAGCAUCGCAAAGUGGAGAGAUUAUUUUUUAUUCCAGUCAGGCCGUGUUUCCUUUUUCUUCUUUGUAAACUAAAUAGCUUCAGUUGCUCUUCUGUGUGAGAGAGAAGAUAGCAGCUGGCAAGAAGAGUUGAGCACUUUAGGCAGGCAUGCAGAGCAACACCAGACACACUAAUGCUGUCACUGUGGCCGUGCCUCUCUUACAUUUGGGUCACAGAAUCAAGCCUCCAGCAUUUUCAUAAAGCCGUCCACAGAGGGACAUGAAACAGCUAGCGAGAUGGCCAAUCAUUGAGCCUACCAUGUCGAGCACUGCUUGAACAUGGUUUCACACAACAGUCCUCAUGGUCUAAAGGGAAGGCAAGCCUUGACUUAGUGUCUUACCAACAAUGUUUGCAUUGUGCUAAGAAGUGGCUAUGUUGCAGAUUCUCCUGCAAGUGUCCACUAUGGGCAGGGCUGCGCCAGUGAGGUAGUGCAUUGCUGGGCUGGCUACCUCUUUCAAGGCCAUGCACACUCCCACUAAUGAAACUGACAUAACAGGUGUCAUGACACAGCACGAAUUAUCUAAAAAACUGCACUUUUAAUGUUGAGAAGCAAUGUAAAAAAAUAUCCUUAUUAUUGAGGCCGAACUGCAGUUUACCGCUUAUAAAUAGGACAUGAGACGUCGCACAGCAGUUGGUGGCAUUAAUGUUGUCCUAUGUUUGCAUUAUUUUGUGAAAGCGCUGUUCUCAAUAAAGGGCAACUCGCCUUUAAGAAUCCUUGGAAAAAUAGCAGCUCUGCUGCAGCAAUAAAAUGUGCUCCCAGCCAAUUCUCCCGUGCCUUUAUAGCCUCGUAUGCUCUACACCUGUGCAGACUGCUUAUUCUGAAAGAAUGUGUAAAGUGCAGACGAAACGACACAAGACAGCAAUGGCCCUCUGGUGUAAACUGGUCACUGGGUCGCGUAGGUAUCGCACACAAGCGUCUAUACAGCAUAGAGGCACAAAACAAGCUAGGACACUAUUGUGCUAUGUGCAUGAAACUAUUGUAUGCAUCUGCUUCCUUGAUAAAAUAAAGCUCCAACAACUCUUGA